AUGACAAAAGGUAUAAGGAAUAAUAAUAAUAAUAAUAAUAAGAAUAAAAGCACCGGUGAAAACAUACGAAGGGGGUUUUCGGUAGAUGAUAAUGUUACUGAACUGCAAUAUGGAACUCAUUUUACUUCUGGAGUUGAAACAAGUUCAUUACUGAGUAACAAAACGCGAGGCGACGGUAUAGCAAGUGGAGUGGGCUUACAGCAAACUUCCAGUCAUAUGGGUGGCGGCUUAACAGGAUUAGGUACGGGCAGCAUUGUCCGACCUUCAUUGGAACACAAGAUUUCAAAGUUCUCAAAUGUGGAUGAUUUUGAAAGAGGUGGGCUUUACGAUGGAUUGCGGGAUUUGCCGCCUGUGUUAGGAGACCAGGAAUCAGUAAAGACCAUAGAGUCUUACACAUUACGUGAGAGGCAGGCUGCUAUCAAUGAAACACAUCCGUUUGGUAUUCGAAUUUGGAAGCCAGCUUUAUAUAAGAAACAGCGUUCUGUGCAACGGGCAGCAGAGGAGGAUAUUCACGAAACUAACUACAAGCAUGUGUCUAUGGCACUACACAUAUCGAACUUUGUGUGGACAGCAACAGUGGGGUUAUUCCUCUUUUUACUGCUGUCAAUUGCUGGGUUAAUGGUGCUUUGCGUAGGGUUUCUUACCCCGUCAGCACGUGAGUAUUCUAAGGUGUUCUUCAAGCUUGGACGGUAUCUCCUCUGGCCAUUUGGAAAAGUUGUAUAUAUAGUUUCUGAUGAGCAAUAUCUACAAGAGGAUAAAGAUGAGGGUAUAAGCAUGCAGCAGUUCUACAAUUGGAUAACUUCUGCCGGUAAUAGACUGUUUUUUCACCAAUCUGGUACUGAAAUGAAUUCGCCCUUAACAUUUCAAAGGGAAACUAUAUAUGGGUCCCUUGAUGGUAGUUUCCGUGGCCCAGCAACUAGUUCGACCCCAUCAUACAAGUUUGAUGACUUUGGCGAUAUAGUUCCACAAAGGCGAUUGUUUGGGCGUGGUCAGUGGACGUUUGGACGGUUUGUGUUCUACGCUAUUUUUCAUUCCUUUAUUCAACCGCUUAUGUUGGUCCUUGUAACCCUAACCUGGCUUGCUGUUUUUACUAUUCCAAUGAGUAACAUUAUGUGGAACCUGCUCUACCAUUGCCGUAGGCAUCCUUUAGCCUUGGAGUUUAAGCAUAUUAGACAUACGAAGAUGCACAAUUCAGCCGAUCGUGGGGGAUCUGAAAAGAAUGUUUUGCUAUGUACCUUCCGUUGUGCUGGAUGGCAUUACUAUAAGUUUACCGUUGAUGGUACAAAUAUUAUUGUCAUGAAUCUAAUUGCGAUUGUAUUCUUCACCAUAAUUGAUUUUUAUGUUAUUAAAGAAUAUCUCGGCAUUGAUGUAUGGAUCACUAAUACAUCUACUAUUUUCAGUUUGUGUUUACUGUCCAUCAUACCGCUGGCAUUCUACAUUGGUCAAGCUGUUGCUUCCAUUUCUGCACAGACAUCUAUGGGAGUUAGUGCAGCUUUAAAUGCAUUUUUUUCCACUAUUCUUGAGGUAUUUGUUUAUUGUGUUGCUUUGCGAGAUUCUAAAGGGCCACUGGUAGAAGGGUCCAUGGUGGGUUCCAUUUUAGGCGCCGUACUAUUACUGCCUGGUUUGUCUAUGUGUGGCGGUGCCAUAAAGAGGAAAACCCAGCGUUAUAAUCCCGCAAGUGCAGGUGUAUCCAGUGCUAUGUUAAUCUUUUCAAUGAUGGUCAUGUUUGUUCCUACAUUGUUAUACUUAAUUUACGGUGAUUGGGAAUUGACAUGUAGGGAUGUCACGGAAAUAGCAUUGGAUAUCAAACAGACAUGCCAUUUCACUCAGCCGACCUUAAAGUUUGACAAAAUGUAUUUGAAUGUUUUAAGACCUAUUUCGAUAAUAUGUGCAAUAGUCCUUUUUAUGGCGUACGUUAUUGGAUUAUGGUUCACGUUAAGGACCCAUGCUGCAAUGAUUUGGCAGUUGCAAAUCUCAGAACAUCCAAGUCAUCAUAUACCACAGCAACAGCAACAGCAACAGCAACAGCAACAUGCGCCACAGCAACCGAUUACUUCGAACUCAAUUAAUAAGCAGGCUGUUGUUGUUCGUGAACACUCUGCGCCAUAUCAGUCGUUAAAUAGUGGGGCAGUAACUGAACCGCCAAAAGGCCACGAUGCACCCAACUGGUCCCGUCAAAAGUCAGCAUGGAUACUUUUGGGUUCCACUGUAUUGUACGCUACUAUUGCAGAAAUUCUAGUGGCAGGUGUUGAUAAUGUUUUGAAGGAUUUCCCAUCUUUAAGUCCAAAGUUUCUUGGCCUGACAGUAUUUGCUCUAGUACCAAACACGACUGAAUUCCUCAAUGCUAUCUCGUUUGCUACACAUGGCAAUGUAGCCCUCUCUAUGGAAAUUGGUACUGCAUACACAUUACAAGUUUGUUUACUUCAGAUUCCCGCUCUUGUAAUAUACUCUCUAGUUUACACUAGCCAUAUGGAUCCAGCUACUAUCAGUAUUCGAGACCAAAUGUUCUCGCUUGUAUUUUCACGCUGGGAUUUGAUUGCAUGUGCUAUAGCCUCUUUCUUAUUCACCUAUCUCUAUGCAGAAGGUAAGUCUAAUUAUUUUAAGGGUUCCAUUUUAAUCCUAUUAUAUGUGGUUCUAGUGGUCGGCUUUUACUACCAAGAGCUACUAACUGACAACUUCUGGGAUUAUCUUAACCAACCAGUAGUAACCCCAUAG